CCAAAUAACCCAAGAGAUAGAUAAGAAAUUUUACACAGUAAAAAGAAAAGGAGAAAAUCAGAAAGAUACUUGUGAGAGCCUUAACCCGUUUCAGCUGCCGACGCCGGGCCUGAGUUUCUAAUCACUCACCAGUCAUUACAAAUUGUACAGAAACAGUAGAGUGAAGACCAUAAUGUUAGCAUCGAGGACGUUGUUAUGCAAAGCAAGGUGCCUUCGUGGAGAAGAAUCUUUAAGAAAACUUUUUACAUCACCGAGGCUUCAUUGGUCAUAUACUUCAUAUUCUAAUGCUUCUGGACUGAACUCUAAAGCUACUCCUUUGCAGGAGCGGAGAAUGAUUGACCGGUUUAGAUUGCAUGUUCAAGGAGGUGAUGGUGGAGGUGGGAAUGGCAGCUUGCGACGUAGUCGAACUGAUCGGUAUGGCAAGCCUGAUGGUGGAAAUGGUGGAAAAGGCGGUGAUGUGAUUCUACGGUGCACCUCUGCAGUUUGGGACUUCCGUGGUCUGCAACAUCAUACUAAUGGAGGAUCGGGAGGGCAUGGUGCCUCAAAGAAUAAGAUCGGAAGCCGUGGAGAAGAUAAGGUUGUGCAAGUACCUGUUGGUACUGUUAUCCAUUUGGUGGAGGGUGAAAUCCCUUCAACAGUGGAGAAGCCGUCUUCUGUGAUUCAUCCUUGGGAUCUUCCAGGUACUGUUACUUGUGAUCUCCUUGCAUCUGAUCAGCUAUCCACUUCUAGUUUGCGUGAUCCGGAUAUGGAUCAGGUGGAGGAUCGUACUAUUGAUACCAAGUCAUAUUCUGUUGUAUCAUCCAUUCCAACUUGUUCUCCACCUUUUCAUACACGUGGUAAAUCAACAAGUGUCGAGAAUGUACGUUUUUCCCAUUAUGAUGAUACACGUGAUUAUGAAAGCACAUCAACUGAUGACGAAAUUGAUAGUGGUAUGCUUGAAGAGGAGUUGCCAGAAGAUGAGGAAGAAAUACAAUACAAUGUUGCUGAACUGACUGAAGAGGGGCAGCAAUUAAUUGUUGGUCAUGGGGGAGAAGGGGGUUUAGGCAGUGUGUCGGCUGGGAAACGUCACUUAAAGAAGUUAAAAAGUAAGGAUCAGAGUGCUGAUAGGAAUGUUAACCUGGAAAGUUGUGAUGAUGGUAAUCCACUUAACAUAAGAAUUGGUUUGCCUGGGUCACAGGCUACUCUGAUAUUGGAGCUCAAGAGUAUUGCUGAUGUAGGACUUGUGGGAAUGCCUAAUGCAGGCAAAAGCACUCUUUUGGGUGCUAUUUCUAGGGCAAAACCUGCUGUAGGUCAUUAUGCUUUUACAACCUUGAGACCAAAUAUAGGAAAGUUAAACUAUGAUGAACUCUCAAUAUCAGUAGCUGAUAUCCCAGGACUCAUUAAGGGUGCUCAUGAGAAUCGUGGUCUAGGCCAUGCUUUCUUGCGGCAUAUAGAAAGGACAAAAAUCCUAGCAUAUGUUGUAGAUUUGGCUGCUGCACUUGAUGGUCGCAAAGGGAUUCCACCAUGGGAGCAGCUCAGAGAUUUGGUCUUAGAGUUGGAGCAUUAUCAAGAAGGCUUAUCAGAUCGUCCAUCUAUUGUAGUGGCGAAUAAAACUGACGAGGCAGGGACUGAUUGUGUUUUAGAAGAGCUACAGAGAAGGGUGCGUGGAAUUCCUAUCUACCCAGUUUGUGCGGUUUUGGAGGAGGGUAUACCGGAUCUGAAAGCUGGUUUAAGACUGCUUGUUAAUGGUGGAGAACCUGCCAGUCUAAGACUAGAUAAUAUAUUGUUAGAUUAGGUAUUCCAUAAUUAAGUCAUCAAGGGGAGAGAAAGAAAAAGAUCGUGUUCGAAUUACUUAAUCUGUACUGUAAUUAGUUUUGAAAGAAUCAUCAAUAUUCCUUUUUUCAAACUCUGUCAAUCUACAAUUGUAUUUGUAGCAUAUUAUCUCAUUAACAAAGUACUAACAUAGGAUAUGUAUGCAUCAGAGGUGUCAGUCAGGUGUCUGAAAGACUCUGCCAGACACCGACUUUCUAUUGUUUUUGGA